AUGAUCACAUGUGCAAAGAAAACUAUUCCCCGAGGCAAAACUAAACACUAUCGAGUGUUUUGGUCUAAACACCUUAAGGAACUGAAAAGAAAGAGGGACGCCCUUCGCAACACUGCUGAUCAGACUGGAAGAACGGAAGACGUAAAAGCCUGGAGACGACAAACAGCUGUCCUAAGGCAAGCCAUCUUACAAGCUAAACGCACUUCCUUCGACAAGUUCAUCUCAAAUAUCAACUAUCAAAGUGAUAGCCAACGCACUUUCAAAUUUCUGAGAAACCUGCUAAACAACAGGGAAAGACCUUAG